AUGGCGAACGACGAAAUCGCAAGGAUGAAACAGGUAGAAAAUUAUAAGUCAAAGUACGUGCCACGCUCGUUCUCUGAAACUAAGGAUUCGCCUGAUUCCUACUGGAAAUACCAGCAGAAGAGGAGUCAGUCCUUUCCAGUUGGUAGAAGCAGUAGGAACCCGGAAGCUGUAGCCAGCUACUAUUCUUCUUCGACUACUUACAAACCGCAGAGGAGCCACGUGUGUUCCAGUCCGACGCACUCGAAGUGCACCUCUCUUCACAGCCCUGAACUGAUCCAUCAUGUCACGCAGGGUCACUGCAAGCCCACCAGGGACAAGCAUUAUCCUUCGUCCUUUUCGCCGACCAGGAAGACUCAUUACGACGACGAGCUGGGUGACAACGAGAAGCUGAAGUACAUCAACGAGGAGUCGGAGAACUUCACGGAGGACAAUGCUGAGGAGGAUGCUGAGGAAGAAGAGGAGGAACACGAGGAGGCAGCUGAAUUCUUAGAUAAGGAUUACGAGGGUCAGGAGGGAGACGACGAGACGGAAGAAGAAUUUCUAACAUCUCAGCAGACUCAUAGAGGUCAAAGAGUAAGUAAAAAGGAUGCAUUGUUGAAACAACGAUGGAGGAGCAUCGAUCAAGAACCACGAAGAUUUCGUUGCCAGCAACAUGUGGAUCUAGCUUUAGCAGGGCGUGCAUCAUCUCCCAGGUACUAUCACAACGCGGCUGAGCACGAGAUAUCCGAGCCCUUAUCAGAAGAAGAAUUCGUCCUAACGUCCGUGAAGAGUCCAACAAGGCGAUCGCCAGCGGACUAUCAUCAAUGGUCUCAAAACAAGUCUGAUCGAUACGAUGACAAUUCCACACCGAUUCAGUCACCUCGACGAGCUCGGACGAAACCGGACAUGGAUCAAUUGAUAGAAUCAGAGUACAGAAAAAUGAGAAGAUGCAAUCGCUGUGGUAAUCUGUCGAAUCGGAAGAACGAAUUGCUAUCGAAAAAUGGAUGUAGAUACGAUGAUCGGACGAAUUUCCCUACCAAAGGACCAAUCGGCGACGAGCCUGAAACCCACGAACAAAUGUUCUGUGGCCGCUGCAACCUGAGGCACAACGCGAAAGACACCACCGACACCCUCUCGCCUAUUUAUUCAACGAAAUCGCGGAAAUCACGUGACUCAAAGUCGCCGACGGCUUACGAGGUUCCGGAGCAAGGCCAGAUGGACAAGCUUUCCAACGAGUAUUCAAGAUACUCGUCGAGAUACCAGAGGAAAGCCGCUGAAGCUUACCAGGAGAAGCUGAAGCGUAUGCUGCAAGGCACCGCGCGAGUAUCCCCUCGAUACGUUGAUUAACGCCUUCUUCUAGUUUGUUCAAUACACUAGAGGAACUUUGAUGACACCAAAGAAACAUCCUAAUCAAGAUCCUGAAGAAACUGUGGCUUAUUCGACAAAAUGAUGCGUUGCAAAAAAAACUGAACAUUUUUGGUGACAUUUCAGGGAUUCGAAGAACCUACCCUUAAUUUUUCAGAGAUUUUCGCGACAAUUUUCGUCCUUCUCGUUUCGUAUCGCUGUUUAAUAAUGUCUGUUUGAAAUUGAAUACGUAGAAAGCACCCUUGGAUCGUGUCCCACCCCGGGAGACUCGAUCGUAGGGGUUGAAAGAUCGAAAAUUUAAUAAUCGCUGUUACUCGAUCGUUUCCCUCCUACCGGUUCUGUAAUAUAUAUUUUUGUAACUGUCCUCGAGCCGUGUAGAUGUCAAUAACACUCGAUGCUAGUAGAACAGAUUGUACAUAAAGAAAAGCUGAAUCGAUUAGAGUCAACGUGUCCCUUCGCUUCUCGUCUUCGGUUUGACGAUCUUCGAUCUAAGGAAUCGUUUCUUAACCCCGCACCAAAUCGA